GGUGACGUGGCCUGUGCCGGCGGCAGGAUCGGGUACGGCGCACGCGCCCUGAACGAGGGCGGCCUGCAAAGCGUACCGAAGCUGACGUUCCCCGGCGGCUGCCUGGUCGGCUGCAGCGCCGGCUUCAUGAACGUGCCCAAGAUCAAGGGCACGCACAACGCCAUGAAGAGCGCCAUGAUCGCUGCGGAGAGCGUGUUCGACGCCAUCCAGGCGGGCGACACGGAGACCGAAGGUGUGAACCCGGUCAGUUACGAAGAGCGAAUCCGCAGUUCACGGGUCUGGCAGGAGCUGGUGUCGGUCCGCAACGUCAGGCCCUCGUUCCACUCACCGCUCGGCCUGUACGGCGGCCUGGCGUACACUGGACUCUUCUACGUCCUCGGCCGCGGCAAGGAACCGUGGACGCUCAAACACCCCGGCGCCGACUACGCCUUGCUGAAGCCGGCGCAGGAGUGCCAGCAGAUCGAGUACCCGAAGCCGGACGGCAAGCUCAGCUUCGAUCUGCUCGGCUCGGUGGCUCUGACAGGCACCAACCACGAGGGUGACCAGCCGCCGCACCUGACGCUGCGAGACGACGCGGUGCCGGUGAAGCAGAACCUGAGCGUGUUCGACGGCCCCGAGGGCCGCUUCUGCCCGGCAGGCGUGUACGAGUACGUGCCGACCGAGGACGAGCAGGGCCAGCGGCUCCAGAUCAACGCCCAGAACUGCAUCCACUGCAAGACGUGCGACAUCAAAGACCCCAGCCAGAACAUCAACUGGGUGACGCCCGAGGGCGGCGGCGGCCCCUCCUACAACGGCAUGUGAGCGGCCGUGGUCGCCGGCAGUGCGCGAGGAUAGGGCGCGGCUCGGCGCCACCCCUCCACGGCUGGUCUCAAGACGUCCUCGUGUGACGAGGUCGACGGCAGGACCACCGGUCGGGGGCUGUUCGUCUGCGUGAGGAGCAGAGAGCCACCGAGAUUUGCGCGUGGGUGCGCCCGCAACAGUUCAAAACGGCCCGAGUAUCGCUCACCGUGGGCUGCGUUGUUUACAAGGGCCUGGUAAUGGGGGGACCGAUACGACCAGUUGUUGCAGAUGAGUAACGUCUCCUGAAGAUACGAUUUCAUUUGCUUUCCAAUCCAGUAUUGGCUUCCAGAGCGCAGGACCUCAGUUCAGUCAAACGAUUCUCGUCACUCUGCCAGUCGUAGCGGCCCCAGUCCAUAAGUGAUACAGACACGUCCUCGGCGGUUUAACUGCUGGCCCAGCUGUGUCCCGGCCGCGCCAUCUCUCUGCCCGGUACUUUGUCGUAGACUCGUGCCUGGGGUGGGUGUCCCGCGCGCGACCAUCGCCGGUCGCCGUGGACCGACAAGGCGGUGCAAUGCAUGUUAUGGGACGCUUGGUGGGUGCUUGGUCGUUAGUGGUCCUGUGAUAACGAAUGGUGUGUUACCAGACAAAUAUAAUGAGACAUGGU